CUCGUUAUCUUGUCAGUUUUUGCAUUUUGUGCCUUGCAUUCUUUCAGUCCGUGCUUUUGUUUUUGCGGUCAUUUUACGUCACGUCAGGAUUGCCUGUAGUUUGGCGAGAGUCGGAGCAUGUUGCUGCAAAAUUGGAUCUUCCGCUGACUCCGAGGAUGCUCAUUUCGGACCGGGAAUAUUCCAACUCCCAGACUGGACGCAUCUGAGGCAGAGGAGGAAAUGAUCGCUUUCCCGAUGGACUUCAACUAGACUUCAGAUUAUCCACAAAUACGCAGGCUCAUCCCGGCCAGUUUUUCGGAUCGGACGAAGAGCGAUGACGACUGGAGACAAGCGGCGGUGGACGGCGGAAGAGUCAUAAUGACCAUGUGGCCCCUAAGAGGAUGAUCAGUUCAGCGGCGGCCCGCCCGGAUCGCUCUACCGCUUCGUCUCAGGUGAUUACGGAAAGCCCGCCGGACGCCGCGUCAGCACACUCGCACGCUGAGAUGACCCAAGAACAGUGCAGUCACAGGAACAAUGUCCAGAGUUCAGAACCAGCGCACGUGUACAAAGUGGGCAUCUACGGCUGGAGGAAACGCUGCCUUUACUUCUUCGUCCUGCUACUGAUGAUACUCAUCCUCGUCAAUCUGGCGCUCACCAUCUGGAUCCUCAAGGUCAUGAACUUCACCAUCGACGGAAUGGGCAACCUGAGAAUAACGGAGAAGGGCCUCAAACUGGAAGGGGACUCUGAGUUCCUUCAGCCUCUCUAUGCCAAAGAAAUCCAGUCCAAACCUGGUCGUCCUCUGUACCUGCAGUCGUCCCGAAACGUGUCCGUCAACGUUGUGAACAGCAACAACCAGCUGCUCACGCAACUCGUAACAGGAACCAACGGGUUCAAAGCGCGAGGCAAGAUGUUCGAGGUGAAAUCCACGACCGGCAAGCUUCUGUUCUCAGCCGACGAGCAGGAGGUGGUGGUGGGCGCGGAGAGGCUUCGGGUGAUGGGCGCCCAGGGAGCCGUGUUCAGCAAGUCGGUGGAGACCCCCCACGUGCGGGCCGAACCCUUCAAGGAGCUGCGGCUGGAGUCACCUACCCGCUCCCUGCUCAUGGAGGCCCCCAAAGGCAUCCAGAUCCUGGCUGAGGCCGGCGACAUCCAAGCCAUCUGUAGGAAUGAGCUGCGACUGGAGUCCAAAGACGGAGAGAUCUCCUUGGACGCCCGCCGCAUCCGCCUGAUGCGUCUCCCGGAGGGUAAGGCGUCCUCCGGCGCCUCGUCGUCCGGCACCAGGCAGACGGUCUACGAGGUGUGCGUUUGCCCCAACGGGAGACUUUUCCUCUCGCAGGCCGGGACCGGAUCCACCUGCCAAAUCAGCAGCAACGUCUGCCUCUAGGACUACCCAGCACCGCGCUAAGAGAGAUUCAGACUCGCGGAGUCUCACAAAGAACUGUCCCUCGGAUUUAUUAUUAAGGUCCUGAUCCGUAUUUUUCUAAAUAAGUGGGGGGUGGGAGGGGGGAGCCUCUGGACGCUGUAUUUAUUACGUGGUAUUCCGUCGCUUUCUACGUAAGGAAAUUCAAUCCGCUUUCGACUAACUGAGACUUUUUUUUUUGUUUUGUGGUUGUUUAUCGAUCCGGGAGGAGUAUCGACAAGGAAUAAUUGCUCCGAAAUGGCGUGACCUAAAACUGCCAUGCACACACACGUUGUGUCACAUGAAGACGGGAAGGUAAGAGGCGCUGAUCCAGUACCAAAACCGCUCGAGUGAUCGCCCAGCCCCGCCCGCUCUCACGUCGCUCAUCCUCACUUUGGGAUUAUUUUCCGUUUCACGUUUUUACUGUAACACUUGGACCUAAAGAAAUAUAUGAGAUGGCCACUCACUGCUAGAAUAUCAAUAAUAGUGAUUGAAUAAUUUUCAAUUUUUCCCUAAAAAGGGCAAAAACAAAAAGGAGUCCGCAUUGAAGCACUUUAUGAUGCUGGAUGCUCUCUUACGUGGUGGCCUUCUCACCUUUGUGUAUGAAAAAUUGGGAGCGCUUUGAGAGUUCAUACAAAGAAAGAAUAUGCAUUAAAGCAGGUUAUGACGUUUAGGAUGAUUUCCGACUCAAACAGGCGCCCCUCUCAAAUCUGAGGAUGAACGAGGUGAAUUUGAAAUCCCGCAUCCUUGUUUAACGUCAUAGACAUUGAGACCACACUUGGAUUUUUAAGAGUCCGCAUUAAAGCAUUUCACGAUCCUGGACGGGUUGCCGGAUCAAAUUUUGAGUAUGGAGUCCAGUGGAUUCAUUUUUAAAAAAAUGUAUUUUUUUUUGUUAAAUUAUGGUAGAAUCACAAAAGUGCGCUACAAUCGAAAGAGUCCGCAGUCGAGCGCUCCGUGAUCUUGGUAGUUGGCCAGCUCACAUGCGUUGCUAAUAAAGGUGAAUUAGUCAUUUCUGUACCAUAUUGUAGAAUCUGGAGAGCGCACUAAAAUUUUGAAAUAAAAAAUCAUUUUGCAUCUUA